UUCACUAGAGAAAGGUGUUCAAUAAGACAGGUUUAACUGGAAUCUUUUUGUUUUGAGGGAAAAUGCUUAAGUGAAAAUCAAGGUCAAAUCAGAGUAUUUGUGCUAAAAUUAAUAUCACCUCAACGAUCAAAAGGAAUCACUCAAAAUCAUUCAACAUUACAUUGAUGUAACCAAAACUGUAUUCUGUUAAUUAUAUUACUUACGUCAUUGAUUAAUCUUCCGUAGAUAGCCUAUCAAAUUGGACCAUAAAUCACCAGCUAUGAUGCGACAGGUAAUCUCCGUGUUCUUCAUAUGUGCAACAAUCCUAUAUGUCAAGGCUGUGCCACCACGAUGCACAAGAGCAGAUAUCAAGAAGCUGAAUAGCACAGUAAUUAACUCGAAGAGCGAACUGAUUGAAGCAUUCAAUAGCAAAUUACAAGUGAUCAAGAAUGACAUAAAAUCCGAACUAGCCAAUGAAAUUGUUAAUCUCUCCGACAAACUUACUAAUGAAAUUAACCAAAAUGAAGAAAAACUGAAAAUUGAUGUGAAUAUUGUGAAUACUGAAGUGCUUAAAGUAAACACAAAACUGGACCAGAUCAAAAAUGACAUCAAAGGAGAACUGAAUGAUGAAACCGAUCAGCUGACUGAAAGUAUUAAUCAAAAAUUUGAUGAUCUGAAUAAAAAGCUGAUUGGAAGCAUUCAACAUUACACUAGUUCAGAUGAAGAAUGCCAUUAAAGAUGAACUUACUACUGAAAUCAAUCAAAAUGGAGAUAAGCUGAAUGCGCUGAAGACACAACUGACAAUAACAACUAAUGAACUGAGUGAUUGUGCAUGUGAGAGGAAACGACGUAAGUCCAGCGAUUUUUGUUGUUCCAUAAUUUUGAUUGACACAUACUAAUCUCAGUCAUACAGAAUAGGC